GUUGCCUACUUCAGCAUCUCCUGGAGCUUGCCGCUCUUCAGGAGCGGGACCGUGCCUCCGAGUCCCCCGUCGUUGCAGCCGCCGAUGAACUGGCCCUUGACGAAUACUUGCGGCACGCUCGUCUUGCCCGUCCAUGCUUUGAGCUCGGCCUUCUGGGCGUCCGUUACUUCGACGUCUUUGAACUCGAUGCCCGCCUCCUUGAGGGCGUCCUUCGCUGACUUGCAGAAGGGGCACCACGACCUGCGAGCGAGUCCUGAGCAUAAUUGAAACGGUGAAACCGUCGUCAACCUCCAUCGCCGUGAAUCUGAUUUCCACACAGACGACGACGCCGCGAAGACGACGACGGGCGCCGAGGCGAUGACCUCGGCGACGGGCGUGUGGCUGGACUGUGUCAUGCCCAUUAAUCAGUGGUCGCGCGCCGACUCUCGCGCCUGCGUGACAUCGAGCGAUGGGAGUCCGCGCGCUACCGAAACCGCCGUCCUGACUCCCGAACCACGCGCGACUGUCUGUAGCCGCGUCGGGCGCACGCGGACGUGUGGCGUCCCAUGCACGGCGUCGCGGCGGCCACGCGAGCCCACACACGUCCAUCUCUCGAUUGGCCAACUAAGGUGGAUGUCAGUGGAUUGCAUCCAGAUGAGCGCACGCGUCGGUUUUGCGCUACGCUCGCUUGUGCGGCCGAUAAAUGGAGACCAUUACGCUUGAUACGCUUGCAUUCACACGGGCUAACGCGCUUAUUUAGGACGGUGGCGGCAGGAGACCAAAAAACCUGUUUUGUCUUGUGGUACCAAACGAAACUAG